UUCCGGAAGAAUGCCAGUGCCACUGCUGCCAAGGAGCAAAUAUUUUCAUGCCAGGGGCCAGUCAACAUUGCGGCACUGGACGAGGAAUCGUGACAGAGAUUUGCAAGCUUCUGGAAUCGAGGCUUCCAGAAGGGAUUCUGGUGGAGAGUCUUGCUGCAUUCUAGGGCCUUUACUCCAGCCACAUUGCAGUGUGCAAGAUCUUGCAAAAAACGAAAGAUCCAGACACUGCACUCGCGUUCUUCCAGUGGCUGACCAGAGAAGCUUGCUACAAGCCCCAAGUGAGAUAGAUGCUGGAGGAGUUCGUGCACAGCGAAUUCACGUAUGGAACUCUUGUCCACGGCCACUGCCUUGCCGGGGAGUUCACAAGGCAAAGUGGCUUGUGGAGGAGUUUAAGGGUACAGGGAUGAGCCCUGGGAGCUUGGUCGUUCUCCACAACCUCAGGUUUCUCCAGAGGCUGGGCUUGUGGACGAGGCCAAGAGAUGGGUUGCAAGCCCAACAGCGUCUCCUACACUCAUCGAUGCGCUGUGUAGCUCCGGGAGGAUCCAGGAGGCCCGUGAAGAGCUCCAGGCCAUGGCCAAGCGAGGCGUGGCCCCAUACCGGGUGACUUACAACGCGAUGGCCACGGGCCUUGGCAAAGCUGGCCUGCUCGAGGAGGCUUUCGAGCUCAUGAGAGCGCUGGUUUUGCUCUGACGGCUGUGACUUUCAAUCCGGUGGUGGAGUUUCUCUGCAAAUGCGGGAGGCCGGACGAGGCAUGCAAGGUGAUGGAGACAAUGCUUCUCAGGAACAUCGAGCCCAACAUUCUGACGCUCAACUUGAUCCUCCACGCCUUCUGCAAGGCGGCACGGCCCGAGGAAGCGCUCGGCAUCGGAGAUGGGAUUCUGCCCAACCAUCGUCACCUUCAACGCGCUGCUGGAGCUGUUCUGCAACACCGAUCAGAUGGACAGCGCCGCCAAGCUCCUGGAAACGUUGGCGCGCAGCAAGUGCAAGCCAAACUUCGUGACUUAACAGCAUCAUGGUCCAGAAGUUUGCGGGGAUGGGGAGAUUGGGAGAAUGGUGGAAGCUCGAGCGUUCCUGGAGCAGCUGGUGGUAUGUGGCUACACUCCCAAUCUCCUAGUGUGCAAUGCCUACGUCGCGGACUUUGCAAAACCGGUGAGAUGGAUCUGGCUUCCAGAUUCUCACGGUGAUGGCGGAGGAGGGGUGCCGAGCAAACACUGCGACUUACAACAGCCUUGUGGAGGGGUUUUGCAAGCUCGGCAGGAUGGACAAGGCGGAGAGAUGAUCGCCGAGGGCAGCCUUCCGGACUCGACCACUUACAGCGUUUUGAUCCAGGGGCUUUGCAGCGCUGGACAGAUCGAGCACGCGUUCAUGGUGAUGCUCCAAGUUACUCAAGCGGUGGGCCGAAUCCAGCCUUUGUCAAGCUGAUAGAGAAGCUGUGUGAAUUGGGAGAGAUGGACAGGACCGCUCGUGUGCUCGAGAGAAGAGUUUCGUGUAUGUCUCAAAUAGUCAACAUUAUAUCAGUUUAAUCUAAGAUUACAUUGGCAAUGGAA